AGCAGAAAUUACAACUUUUUUAACAUUUUUUUUCUUAAAAUUAUCGAAGGUGACCCUGAGAUUAGAACCAAUGUUCAAACGGGCAGUGACGUUCGUGGAGGAGGAUGACGCCGACUUGGGGGAGGAAAUAAUCGCGUUUGGGUCCCAACACGAAUUCGGAGACAUGACUUGGUUUCCAAGCCAGAGAAGAGUCGUGAAACGCAUUGAUGAUCGGGUCAAGACAAACGCGUCCUCCAAUGGUCUCAAUAAUUUCUUAGGAUUUCGAUCUGCUCCUUCACUUGUGUCAAGCCUGGUGAGAAUUGCAGGCAAACAAUACGAUGCGGUAGACUUCGACAUUACCUACUACCGAAGAAAAGACCCAAUGGCUCCUAGGCUUUAUCAAGACUUCAUAGAAGAAAUCGAACAACUUGCAAUUUUCAAAUACGGGGCCUUGCCACAUUGGGGUAAGAACAGAAAUGUGGCUUUCCUAGGGGCAAAAAACAAGUAUGUGAAGUUUGAUGAGUUCUUGAAAGUUAAGGAAAGGUAUGAUCCUAAAGCAUUGUUCUCGAGCGAUUGGACGAACCAAGUUUUGGGUCUGAAAGAAGGGUUGGAGAUUACAAAGGACAAUUGUGCUUUGGAAGGGUUGUGUAUUUGCUCACAAGAUUCUCAUUGUGCUCCAAGCAAAGGGUAUUUUUGUCGACCAGGAAAACUGUAUAGUGAUGCUAGAGUUUGUGCUAAGACAAAAGAUGAGAUGAUGUCUUUAAUGGAGAGCAAAGUUGUGGAGCCUUUGAAGAAUGCAUAUGAAGACCUUGUUCGUGCGGCGACGGAGGUGCUAGAGGCCAAGCUGCAGAGCAGUUGCCGCGGGAAAGAGACUGCCGCCGCCGCCGCAGAAGUGAGGGCUGCGUUAGAGAAGUUCAAGGAGCGCUGGGACUCCUUCCACCGCCUCUGCGACGGAGCCACGGAGUUCAUGGAGCACCUCAAAAGUGGCUUGGGGUUAAGUGGCACUGGUGGUAGCACCGGCUCCGCCGCCUUUCUGAGCGUCUGCGACGACGUUGAGGUUGCUCCUGAACUGAUAACAGAAAGAAUUGAUGAGGAAAAUGCUGCUCCUAGCUAGUUACUGCAUGGUGAUUCUUGUUGGAAAGUACGUGAAGCAAGUGAAACUAACAUUUUGAUAUUGAUGUGGUUAUGCUAUGCACUUUUGUAAUGGCCAUUUUUUGAGCCAAUAUAAUGGGAUGCAAUAAUGGCUUGAAUCGUUA